GGUAUCCGUACGUACGAAUACGAGUACCAAGUACAAAAACCAAUUCAAAAUUUCGAUCAUGAAGGCGAGAAAAAUUUCGAAAUACAGCAAUCGGGCAGGUUACAUACCUUGCGACGAGUUCUUGUGUUUCACUGUCGUGCUUUAACGGAAGCCAAUUACAAGAGACAACUCAUACAUCUUCCAGCAUUUUUUUAAUAGCAGUUGAUAUACACUAAGAAGACAAACACAAUGGGGAAAUCUUCAAAGGCGGCUUCCCGAAGCAAAACGACCAAAGACGAGGCCAGCACUCCGGUGGAGAGGAAAGCGGAGGAUAGUCCCCCGGCGAGCAGGAAGGUGGUGGACGUAGCUACCGAACACCUCCCACCUAUAUUCCUCGUGUUCACAACCAUGGCGUGCUCUGGAUUUCUGUUUGUCUAUGCGUUCCGAGACGUCUUCGCCACGGGGAGAAACAUCGGCGGGGUCCACGACGAAGCAUAUCUGGUGAGUCGGUCACGGUCGGAUUUGGUUGAUUGGCGAACGCGUUGCAACUAUGCUUAUGUGAGAUAUAACGGACGUGGAUCCAUUGACGACUCGCGCUGACAAUGUUUCUGCUGUCACGUGUUCCCCCAUUUGCACCAUGCUCGUGCAACUUUUUGACGUCCUGCUCCGAAACGAAACAAAACAAAACAGACCUUCACGAACUCGAUCGCCUUUUUCAACAACGAGAAAGGAUGGAAGUCGCAGCAGGGAGGCCUCAGCUCCAUUUCGCAGGUCACCACGGACGCGAACAACAUGGGCGGGCUUUUCGUCCGAAAGGUCGGAGGAGCCGCCUGCCUGGCCGUGCAACUGCAGAAGCUGAUGCCCCUGCUGUUCCAUCCUGCGAACGCGCAGUGGAAGCGCGGGCACUUCCGGCCGCUCUUUGCGACCUCCAUCGUGGCAAACCUGGUGCUGGUGGCCUUCUACGGAAUUGCCAUUCGGGAGGAAUUGGCAGCGGUGGGUGCCGACGGGCUGCCUACCAUGUUUGUGGGAGUCCUGUUGUUCGAAACCAUUGUCAUGCUCGGAUACCUUGCAACCUCUAGGUACACGAAGGGUCCCGCGGUGGCCCUCCAGCAAGGCAAGACGCCGACCUCGGUCGUCUCGAGAAUCGUCGCCAGAACCAAUUUUCUGGUGUCGGGAAUGAUCUGCGUCAUUGCCGGCCGGGACUUGUUUUCCCCGGGAACCAUCCUGGGGUUCAUUCCUCGCGACGACAUCUACCUGGAAUGGACGGGCGCCUUUUUGCACUCCCCCCCAGAGGGAUCCCCGGAGGCCGAGACACAGGGGACGGAACGCGACUUUUUCGUCGGCGAGAAAUACCUCUCGCAGUUCCUCGCGCUCAACAUGCUGAUCCUGUGCCUCUACAAGUUCGUGGCGGCCUUUGUCGUCCGGUAUCGCAACGACGGUGGUGGUUGCAUCCAGGCAAGGAUGAUCUGGAAGGCCCAGGCCGUGGGGAGUGCCCUGGUGCUCUACCUGUUCCGGCUGUUCAGCCCGGCCGCGAGCACGGCCUCCCUCGAUUUCCGGUGGCACCUGAUGAUGCUCGCGUACGAAACGCUGAUCCUAGGUCUCUACGGGUUCUUGUAAACACAAUCUAGACAUGGCAGUUUGAACACCAAAUAAUGGAAACUACAAUUC